AUGCCCACCGUAGCACCUGUGAGUGACGGAGCGGUGGUCGGUGCAGUAUCGAGAGGACGCCGCCAGCAGCGCACAGCACAGCGGACCGAGGACGACACGUUCUUCUGCAAGCGCUGCGCGACUCAACACAAGCCAAGGCAAUGUCCAGCUUUUGUUUCGCUGCGUGAGAUGAGUGACAAGCGACAGAGAGCGCGAGUGCAAGGCUCAUGGGCUCAACAGAAGCCCUCAGCCUCCGGAGCAGCAGUACCAGUGCAGACUCAGCAGAGGGCGCCGUGGGCCGGAGCAAUUCAGAGGAAACUGACUGAAGAGAAGAGUUUUGAGUUCCAACGUCUUGCUGAGCCACUCAGACAGAUCCCAACAGAGCGCCUCCUGGAUUCCUCCGGAGAGUUUGAGAUCAGCUCCGAGCCCUCAGGAGCCUCCAGCCUGCGUCUGAUCUACAACUACCUGUCCACGGAGGAAGCUGAUUGGCUGUUCUCAAAACUACUGCAUGAGCUGCCCUGGAGCCAGAAGACCAACUACAGGCUGGGAGCAGCAUACGAGGAGCCGCGACUGACCUGCUGGUUUGGAGAGCUGCCCUACACCUACUCUCAGUCCACCCUGAAGGAGAACACACAGUGGCCUCCGGACCUCCUCCUCCUCCGCACGCGCCUCCUCUCAGACCUCUCCCUUUCUUUUAACUCGGUCCUGUGUAACCUGUAUCGCAGCAGCCAUGACAGUAUUGGUUGGCAUAGCGACGACGAGGCAGCGCUGGGGCCUCGGCCGACCAUUGCCUCCAUCAGUCUGGGAGACACACGGGUCUUCAGGCUGAGGAAGAAACCUCCCCAGGAGGCGGCCUCAGACUUCAGCUCUUGUCCUCACAUCAGGAUUCCUCUGAGUCACGGUUCGCUGCUCGUCAUGGAGGGCUCUACACAGGAGGACUGGCAGCACCAGGUGGCGAAGGAGUAUCACGACCGAGGGCCCCGCAUCAACCUGACCUUCAGGACCAUGUACCCACAGGGAAUCUAA